AUGGCCUUCUUUGGCCUUGAUUCAAAUAUGCCUCAUGGCAGUCACAACAAAUCAAGUACGGGGUUCCCUCAAGAUUCAGAUAUAGACCAAGAUCCCUCACAUUAUAACGAUGAGGAUGAUUUUAAUGCUUAUGAGGAUACGUAUGACGGACUCGGAGAACAACUUGACGAGACAGGUGAUGACUUUAAUGAUGACACAUUUGGUAUCGGAGGCAGUAAUGCCGUUGCUUCCAAAGCUGAGGGAAAAGAAUACGACUUUUUUGGUCGUACCGCAACCAUUUCGAAUGCCAUCAGUGAAGGCCAGGCAAAGUAUGCUAAACAGAUACCAAACACAAAUAAUAAUCUCUCAUCUACAAACAACUGCACACAACUGCUAUCAGAAAGUCUUGGCAACAAGUAUGAUCGUUACAAAGAUCCUGAUCAUAUACCGGACAUGCUCGUGGACGCUAGUAUUUGGGGACCAAAAUUUUCGACUCCCGCUCCAGCUUCAGUAAUAGAUAAUUAUUCUACGCUUAAGCCUGGCCCUGAUAAAAGAAGGAUGAUGAGUGUUGAGGAAUUAGAGUCCUCGAUGUUGGGUCAAUCCAAGACGCUGGGACAGCAACCAGUCCAAAGUUAUCAAAACCAUCAUGAGCCUCAAACAAUUCAGCCUGAGAUAACACAAAGAGAACAAGAGUAUGGAUUUUAUCAACACCCAAAAAUAGCCCCUCAGACACCCAGAGCUCAAUAUCCCCAGAAGCAAACGCGACCGUCUCAGGAGAAUCAGUUUCAACACAACAUGCGAAGACUCCAUGAGCCGAAGGAUCACGUUACAAGUAAUACAAAAUCACCAAUUUCUCAUGCAGGGCAAAACCAAAGAUAUUAUCCAACAGAACAGCAGCGGACUUCAAGUUCUCGGCGCUCGUCAAAUCAUUCUUUUCCAUCAGGCCCUCAACACGUUAUUCAGCCGCGGCAUACAUUGGAUUUAACAGAAGAAGAGAGAGCUAAUAUACUGGUUGAAGAUGCCAAACGUGAAAAGAGAAACUAUAAAAUAUUCCUUCUCUCCAAAGAUAAUGGCCUGAUGACACCACAAGACAAGAACUACAUCACAAGGAUCCAGUUACAGCAACUUGUUGCAACCACUGGAAAUCCAAACGAACAUGGAAAUAUCUCUAUUCUACAGGAAGACUUUUAUUAUCAAGUUCAUAAUCAGAUUCGGGGGGGGGCCCGCAACUCUAUAGGUAAUGCUGACUCGCCCAAGACAGGGGCAAGUUACGGAAGCUCCAGGAGACAACCUCGCGGGAGUAUUAGCCAUAUGCAGCAAAUGGAACAGCAAGUCCAAAGGGCCGUCGAAGCAGCAAAGAAUAAGCCCAAGAACAAGCAGCUAGUCAUAGAAGGAAGUUUAGGCAAAAUCUCCUUCAGUAACGCUAAAACACCGAAAACACUUCUCAACAUCAGGCUUCCUGAAAGCUUGUCCGAUGUGAAGGCUGCUAGUGCCGCCAGAGAUCGUAAGGUAGCACAAUCUAGUGUGAGUGGUAGUGAUCGAAAAACAGUUUUAACUGACAUCGAGAAUGUUUAUAAUACUUUGAUGCAAAUGGAGGAUCUUGAUCGACAAAUACCACCUCCAAUAAGUGAGAACGAUGUCAGCUCUCAGCUGGUUAACAGUCAUAUCACCUGGCGAGAAAAGGCUCACAAAUUGAAUCAAAAACUAUGGCAUCAACUCAAAGUUCAUGAGCCUAUUGGUGCCACAACAACCCAUCCAUUCAUUGCCAUUCUUUCAUUCGGCAAGGGAAUGAAGGCUAUGCCAAGAGUAUUUCGGCACAUCUCACAUGAACAACGUACCACAAUUCUCACAAUAAUAAUUGUUCACCUUGACCAGCUUGUUGUGGUAAGGCAAGGAAUAUUGCAAGCUGGUGAAAUUGAGCUCAAUAAUAGCGUUCGAGAAAGCAUAGAAAUAUUUUCACUUUCAGUGAUGCCACCACUUUUCAGUUAUUUGAAUGAGACCGGAUUAGAUAUCGUAUCAGGAAUCAUGGGCUUGUUACUCAAUCUCAACAUAGAUCUUAUAGCCCGAACAAGGAUAGGUCUCAGCAUGCUAACUAUGAUUCUAAGUCGUGCUGAGCUCAUCAAACAAUCUGGAACAGUUUCUGAACAGCACGAAUGGGAACAAUGGCUUUCUAUCUACAAUAGAUUUUUUGAUACGCUUGAACCGACAAUACCAAAUAUUUUCCCAGGUACAGUCAGCACUGGAGAAGAUAUUUUUGUUUGGCAAUUCCUCGCCGCAGUUGGCAUAGGAGCUAGUGCAGAGCAACAGCAGCGUCUAGUCAUAGCCGUCAAGGAUCGGGUUAUGGAAAUUGUCACAUUGGCUAAGACUCUUUCCCCUGCAGUAUCGAGCCAGCGGCUCGCAAAUGUCAAUCUUUUCAUGCGUUCCAUUGGAUUAGAUGUUCAAUUAUUGGCGUGA